AUGGUCGUCGGGAGCCAAUCGGACCUCCGGUCGCCGCUAUUCGAGCCGGAGGAUGAGGCCCGAUGGAAGCCCGAACCGGUCGAGAGGCUGUGCAUCGACGAGAUGCUGACGAAGCACUGCGGCGAGCUCGGGCCGUGGCAGAUUAGGCACUUCUUCAAUCCAUUGCCAUUGUUAAACAUUGAUGGCGCUGGAGUUUUCGGCCACCUUUCCGACUCCAAACUCGGGCGAAAAGGCUCCCUCUCGGUUGUUUGCCUCCUCAACGCCGUCUUCGGAUGCCUCACGGCCCUCUCCCCAAACUACGCCGUCUAUGCCGUCCUGCGCCUCCUCACCGGCUUUAGUACCGGCGGAGUCGGCCUCUGCGCGUUCGUUCUCGCCACCGAGCCCGUGGGCCCCACCAAGCGCGGCCUCGCCGGAAUGUCGACUUUCUACUUCUUCUCCGGCGGGAUCGCCGCCCUCGCCGGAAUCGCCGCCUUCUUCACGGCGUCCUGGCGGGCUCUCUACGUCGCCACCUCCCUCCCGUCCCUCGCCUUCCUCCUCGCCGUCCUCCCCUUCGUCUCCGAAUCCCCCCGUUGGUGCCUCAUAAGGGGAAAAAUCGUCCAAGCCACAAACAUCAUGCGGAACAUCGCCCGGGACAACGGGAGGCCCAUGCCAGAUGGCGUCGCCCUCGCCCUCGACGAGGACAAGAACGGGAACUCAGGGUCUGAGAAAACGGGUUCCUUGAUUGAUGUGAUCCGUUCGCCCAUGACGCGUGCCAGACUUUUCUUGGCCGUGAGCAUCAACUUCUUUUGCUCGGUCGUGUACUACGGGUUGAGCCUCAAUGUCGUGAACCUCGGGACAAACCUCAACCUCAACGUCUUCCUCAACUCGGUGGCCGAGUUGCCGGCUUACUUGUUGACCGCGGGGAAUGUUGUGUCGCGUGAUUCGCGGUGGGUCAACCUCACCCCCCACCCCUUCCUUCCUUUUUAA